AGUACUAGCUUACUGAAACGUCACUAACAGCCCCAACCUCUUUCGAUAAUUACCAUAAUAUGCGGAAUGCACGGGGAGUUUGUUACCGGGGUGAUUAACCGGGUCAAGUGUCAGUAUAAGUGCUUGUUAAUAUUAUGGUUGGUUAAUCGUGUGUUUUCAAAAACGAAAGGACAUAACAGCUAUUUAUAUUGCGCAAAAUAAUACAACAUGGUGUUUGAAAGCCACGUUGUUAGUAUUUUGAACAAUGUUCUUGGUCAAUAUGUCGAAAAUUUGGACUCAUCUCAGUUUCAAAUGAGUAUUUGGGGAGGCGAUGUAAAGCUCGAAAAUCUUGUUUUUAAGGAAAAUGCUUUGGAUGUACUUAACUUGCCAUUGAAGAUUGUUCGGGGACAUUUGGGCAAGCUUGUUUUGAAAAUCCCGUGGAAGAACUUAUAUUCUGAGCCUGUUGUUGCAAGAGUUGAUGAAGUCUACAUUCUUGCAAGACCAAACACUCAUAUGAAAUAUGAUGCUGAGAAGGAAGAAAAGCUUGUUCAGGAAAGAAAGCAAAAUGAGCUCACUGCUAUAGAAGAUGCAAUAAGAUAUGCUGAGGAGGCCAAAAAAAAAACUAAAGAUGACCACGAAAAAAAUUUAAGUUUUACUGAAAAACUAGCCUUGCAUAUUGUGAAAAAUAUUCAGGUGUUUGUGAGCAAUAUCCAUGUCAGAUAUGAAGAUAUGGUUUCGAGUGAGGAUAAUACCUUCUCCCUUGGUGUAACUCUUGAAAAUCUUACAGCUCAGUCAGUAAAUGAUGAAUGGAAACCUGAUAUGGUUGAUCCUAAACAAAGUUUGGUGAACAAGCUUGUAAAAAUGAAUAAUUUAUCAGUAUAUAUUAAUACUGGUGAUGUUAUUGGAAAAGCACCAAGUAUGGAUGAAUGGCUGAACAUGGCCAAGGCUGGAAUUGCAACUGGUAAAUUUGGCAUCAAUCGACCUGAGAAUUAUACUUAUGUCAUUGAGCCACUUUCAUCUGAUACCAAGGCAAAAUUAAACACAAGUUCUAUUCCCGACAUCAACAUUCCUAAGGUGUUUGUUGAAAUCAUUAUGGAAGAGCUUCAUGUACAACUAGCAAAACAUCAAUUCAAAAACGUCAUGAGAUUGGUUGAAAACAUGGACAGAUUGAAGACAAACUGCCAAUAUCGAAAAUAUAGACCAUCAGUUAGUGUGAAAGAAAAUAAAAGAGCUUGGUGGAACUAUGCAAUCAUGGCUAUUUUAGAGGAAGAUAUCAAGAGACGAUCAAAAAAUUGGUCAUGGGAAUACAUCGUCGAACACAGAAUGAACUGUCAUAAAUACAUGAAUCUAUAUAAAAAGAAACUGUCCCGUAAGACGAUUUGUGAAAACACUCAGAAGGAAAUCGAUCACUACGAGAAAAUAUUAGAUGUGUUGAACAUAACCAUUUGGCGCAGGCAAGCUGAGAUAGAGACAAAAAAAGAAGGUAAAAAUUAUGAGCUCAACGAACAAAGAAAAAAAAGCGAAGGUGGUUGGUUUUCAGGCUUGUUUCGAAAAAAGUCGGACUCAAAAUCAGCUUUAGGAUUGACACUCGAGGAAGAGAAAGCAGAGGAGAAAAAGUUAUAUUCUGCUAUUGGUUACAGUGAAAAUGAAGCACCAGACAAGUUGCCUCCAGAGUAUGUUGCAUACAAACUGAAAUUCAGCCAACAAAGAAUACAUAUUCAACUUUGCAAUGAUUCAUUGAAGCCAGAAAUUUGCGUAUCGAACGUCACGCUUACGAAUCUUUUCAUGGAACUUGGCUAUAGACCCGGUUCACUGGCUGUGAGUGUUGUUGGAAAACUUGAAAAGAUGAAUGUUCAUGGUUGCUCUGUGGCAAAGCAAGCUGCUCCAGAGAUAAUAAGAUCACUGCCAGGACACUCUGAUAUAAAGGAUUACGUUUACGCUUCGUUUGAAACGAAUCCUCUUGAUGGAAAAGCAGAUCAGAGACUUCGAUUAAAAGUUCAGCCAAUAGAAAUCCUUUAUGAUGCGGAAACAAUUGAAAGUUUGAUGAAUUUUUUCACACUUCCAGAAGAUGUUCAACUUGCAGAAAUCUCGGCUGCUGCGUAUUCACAAAUAAACGGGAUACGAAAUCAGUCUCGUGCAAAUCUUUCAUACGCCAUUGAAACUCGUACGCUUCUUGAUAUUGACAUAUUCAUUCAUUCGCCGUAUAUUGUCAUAGCAGAGAAAGGAAUUUUAACAGACAAUUCUGCAAUAUUGGUUGUUGACCUUGGCAGUCUUAAAGUGAGCACAGAUCCAUCUCAAGAACGUUUAACUAACACUAAGUCGUUGAGUCCUGAGGAACUUGAAACUAGAGUCUACGAUCGCUUUGAUAUUGAGCUCAAUAAUCUUCAAGUAAUCUAUGCAAAGCCAGGUGAAAAUUGGAAAGAAAUACGUUAUGAAAACCAUUCAUCCAUGCACGUCUUGAAUCCAUUUGCAAUAAACAUUCAGUUGUUUAAAUGUCUUGCACCUGAAGAUGUUCGUUUGACUCAAAUACGUUUUAAUGGUCUUCUUUCGAUGGUGAAAAUUGACGUCACAGACAAAAGACUCGACGAAUUAUUGAAGUUGGCGUUAUCCAUUCCUAUUCCUGGAAGUACUCAAAAAUCCCCUGCUGCAAGUACACCCCAGGAGACUAUCGUACGCGAAGUUCAGCCAGCAGCAAAGGUGUCCACUUUAAACGCUGUCAUUGAAACAGACAUCAAAGCAGAAGUAUCCGAAGAGACUUUUGGAACACCUCCCGAAUUUCCUGAUCAGUACAUGGAGGAUUUGGCCCGCUUGGCUAGUGAAGAAAGAGAAGCGAUGAUGCUGGCAAAAUCUGAGCAAAUUAACGUUUCCUUGAAGUUUGAAAUUGUUCAGAUUAACGUCACAUUGUUAAAAAAAGACCAGUUUGGAAUUGAGUCUCCUUUGCUUGAAGUAGAUCUAUUAAGGCUUGGAUCCCAAGUGUCUAUUAGACAAUAUGAUCUCUCUGUCCUUGCUAACGUAGGUGCUGUAACGGUUAAGGAGAUGGUGCAUGGGAUAGAUGGGGAAGCUUUGGAGCUUGUGAGUACUCCGGCAGAUGCUGAUAUUCUCAAUGUGAAGUAUAUCGAGGCUGGCAAAAAUCAUCCACGUUUUAAAGAUGAUUUUAAUUCGACUCUAAAAAAUAUAGAUGUUCAAUUGUCCCAUCUUAAGGUGGUGUUGCAUCAAGAGGCUCUUUUAAAUAUUAUGGCGUUUGUCAACAGUAUUUUGCCUGCAAGCGAAGAGGAAAUCAAGAUUGAACAAGUAGAGCAGUUGGGAACAACUGAAAGCAAUGUAGGUGUUGAUGAAAAGACUGGAGCUCAAGAAAAAGGAUUGAUUGUGAAAAAAGCUAGCGAAGAUGAAGUUGUUCAGUUAAAAGUUCAUGCAUAUCUAGGAUUCUUUUCCGUUUUAAUAAGUUCAGUGAAAGGUGACCUUGGCCAACUCCAAAUGAAACAACUAGAAGCUGGAAUGCUCAUGUUGACGGACAGAAUUGAAGUUACAGCAAGAAUGAAAGAUUUCUCCGUAACCGAUGGUGUUAUGGAUGUUUUGUAUCCUAAGAUUGUUUCAAUUGUUAACGAAGAAGUUUUUUACGUUAAAGUUGUGGUAUUUAACAAUGCUACGAAUGGAGAUAAUUAUGCGAAUAUGGAGAAAGUUGACACACAGUUUUUAAUGAAUGUUGGGAGAAUUCGUGUGGUCUUUUUGUAUGGUUUUAUUCGCAAAUUAUUGAAUUUCUUAAGUAACUUCAAUCAAGCGCAGGAAGCAAUUCAAAAUGCUGGCAGUGCUGCAGCUCAAACUGCAACACAAUCGUUACAAGAAUAUAACAAGAAUUCUCCACGAAUUAAACUGGACAUCUCUAUCCAAGCUCCAUUUGUAAUCAUCCCAGUAAGCAGUUGUUCAGAUCGCGCUCUCGUUGUUAAUUUUGGUAAUCUGGAAGUACAUAAUAAUUUCGAGAUCGUUAAAGGAGAUAUGGAUAAGGAAAUCGUUGUCGUUGAUAAAAUGAAUGUUUCAUUUACUUCUCUUCAACUCUCUGUUGCCAUUAUAUCUGAAGAUGAAACAGUUGCCGCUCAAAGAACAAUCGUUCAACCAAUGUCUAUGGUUGUGACACUUCUCCGUAGUCUUUCUUCCUGGUAUCACGAUAUCCCGGAUGUUGACGUCACAGCCAAACUUCAUGCUUUUAAAAUUGAUAUCGGAACAGAUGACGUGAGGACUAUACUGGAUAUUACAUCACAAAACUUAACGGAAGGAUCUGAUCUGAUUGAUUUUGUAGACGACACGGAUUCAAGUUCUGUAUCAUCUUUGUCAGUUUUUAAUGAUCCAGAUGUGGUUGUAGUUUUGAAUGAAGAUGACAAAACAUGGGUUUCUGUGAAAUUUCAGUUCAAUAUUGAAAAAAUUACAACAAGAUAUUAUCAAAAUAUUCAGCCUCUGGUCUUAGGCAACGUUUCAACAUUGGAUCAUGCAAAGGACGAUAUUAUUGGUUCUUCGUCAUUAGAUUAUCUGAACGUGAUUGGUUCGUUGCUUACUAAUGGAGCAAUGGAAACGUCAGUUGUUAUAAGGAUGAUAACAUUGAAGGAUAAAAGAUCCGCUCAUGAGAAAGGAGUUACAACGAUGAUAGAAAGACGAUAUGAUGAAAAGGACGAGCAGUCUAACGAAUUAAAUAUGAUCGAUGUGAAGUUUACACAGACGAAGGAAUUAGAAAAGAAAGUCAACAUUCUUGUGAACAGCAUUUCGAUUAUUGUGAACGUCGAAUUUUUAUUGGUUCUUUCGCGUGUGUUUACUGACUCGUUUGAUGAAAAUGCUCAUAAAGACGUAGAGAGCAAAGCUAUUGCUGAGGCAAAAAUCCUAUCGACAGAGCUUGCUAGCCCGUCAACAGGGACACCAAAUGUCGUUAAUAAUAGCUCAUCGCUUGAAGUAAAGUUACUUGUUAAAAAACCAGAGAUCUAUUUCUUGGCUGAUGCGAAAUUGGCUAAUACCAACACUCUCAUUAUGAAGAACAAUUUGGAUGUCACUUUAACAACUGUGGAUAAGAAAAUUUGGUUUCAGACCAACUUGCAAGAUAUUCAUGUUGUAACCGCUUCUUUUGAGAAAAGUCGCCGUGAUAUUUCUCAAGCUGAUGUGCUUAGAAUGAAACAUGUUAACUUGAUUUUCAACUCUUCGAGCAUUGGAUCUUCGAGUGUUGGUAUUAACGCUUCUACAGCAUAUCUCAACAUAUCUCCAGCUUUUGUUGGCAUUGCAUCAGCUGUUGUAUCAUCAAUUUCUCCUUCUAAAGCGGAGGACGGCGAGGGAGCUGGUGACGAUGUUCCAAAUUUAUUUAAAACAACCGAUAUAGAUUACUCGAGAAAAUGGUACCUAAAACCUGUUGCCAGAGGGCAACUAGUGCCAGGCAGUCGUGUAUUUGCUCGAGCUCCUGACGCCAUAAGCUACUCCCCAGGACUUUUAACGAGUAUGGACAAGAGAAUGUCUGUUAUCAUGGAUGAUGCUUCCACCACGUGGUCAUAUGACGUAAAUGACGUUAGAGGGGUAGUUCUUGACCAAACACCGCUGAUCAAAGAGAUUGCUGUCAAUCAGUUAGUUAUCGCGUUGAUUAAAGAAGGGGAACCGAUGAAAGUAGGUGUGGUUACAAAAGUCAUUCAAGACCAAGAAGAACCAACUAUUUUCAUAAGAUUUUCUGCCGAGCAAGAAGAAGAAAAACCUCUUGAUCUUGUCCGAUUGAUAAAAAAUGUGAACAUUGGAGGCCUUCGCAACCAGCUUGUCGUCUCUAGUUCGGUUUGGGCUCGGCUAUCUGAUAAUCAAAUUUAUGCUCCAGGCUUCAUCUCCAAAAAAGAUUGGCGUUAUCAAGUAAAGUUUACCAAUGGGACGUAUGUUUACCAUUUUAUCAACGAUCCCUUGGGUGUAGCUCGCGAUCGCGUGCCACGUCGUGAGAACUUGAAAGUUGGUUGUGACGUAAUAGCUCCGAUCCCAAGCAAACCGUUAAUGCAAUCAGGUCGCGUGAAAAGAGUCACGAUUGGUGGCUGUGAAAUUCAGUUCGAUAACGGUGCCUUACAUGAAGUAUCCUUCUACGAUCUAAGGUUGAUGAGAGUCCCUAAGAAAGAAGGGAAUCGUCUUACUUUACGAACAUUAUUGUGGGCAAAAUAUUCCGAUGAUUUCUACUAUCGUGGUUACAUUGAUGAUAUUGAUAACAAAAUUCAUGUGCGUUUUUUACGCAAAGGAUGAUCAAAUUUCCUUUGCUCUUAAUGAUCACGUGGGGAAUUGUACGUGACGUCAUACCCAGAGAAGUCACGAUCGGGGACUGUGUUGUUGUUAUCAAAGGGACUUAUGGUAUACUAGGCGUGGUUACCAAGGUUGAAUCGUUAGAAACAGACCCGGUUUACUUGAUUGAGACUGAUGGUAGUGAAAUGUGGGCUCCACUCAAGGACGUUCGUCGUUUAA